UACCGGAAAUCGGUAUGAAUAUUCAAUCGCCGCGCGAGUUUCGCAUCGCACGCUCGUAAUAGGCCCGAAGUCCUCUUUUCUUUUCCUCUUUCUCUCUUCUUUUUUUUUUCCUUCGCCUGGGCGAGGAUCGUCUGAAUGACAGAGCGGCUGAUCGAGAAGACCGCGUGCGAAAGGAGUGUCCCCGAAAUAUGUCGCAUGAUCUGAACUUCUCGUCGUCCUCGGAGCGGCCGUCGAGCGACGAUGCGAGAGACGAGUAUCUCGCCAGGUGGGAAAUCGCGGUGCUGACCAGCAUAUUCCUCAUCACGAUCAUCGGUAACAUCCUGAUUCUGCUAGCCCUUUACGUCCGACGAUGUUAUCAGAAACGGAAGUUCACCAGAAUGUACUUCUUCAUCAUGCAUCUGAGCGUGGCCGAUCUGUUGACGGGCCUGCUCGACGUUCUGCCGCAGCUCGCCUGGGAUAUAACGUUCAGAUUUCAGGGUGGUGCAGUGCUAUGCAAACUGAUCAAGUUCGGACAGCCAUUCGGCCUAUAUCUCAGUUCCUAUAUCCUGACAGUGACCGCAAUCGACAGGUAUCAUGCCAUUUGCUAUCCCUUCAGUUACUGUAGUAUCACAUCUCGAAGAUCGAAAAUGAUGGUGUACGGGGCGUGGACGCUCGCCGCUAUGCUGUGCGUACCGCAGAUUUUUAUAUUCUCGUACAUGGAAAUAUCGCCCGGCGUUUGGGAGUGUUGGGCCACAUUCUACCUAAAAUAUGGCGAAAGAGCCUACAUUACUUGGUACAGUGUUAUGCAGUUCCUAUUACCCUUCAUAGUUCUCGUAUAUACCUACAUGAGAAUAUGCAUAUCAAUAUGGAAAAGUAGUAAACUAUCGGGACUCAUUGAUCAUAAAAAGAGUAACACAGUUAGUUACUGUCAACGAAAUCGAGAUCCUCUUAUUUCCAAAGCAAUGAUCAACACUGUAAAACAAAUGAUCAUCGUGGUUACUUUAUACAUUGCCACCAAUACUCCGUUUAUCGGAUGCGAGUUAUGGGCAACAUGGGAUCCUAAAGCUUCCACCUCGCCAUUUUUCACUGGGGCUGCUUUCACUAUUCUAAGUCUCCUAAAUAGUCUCACGAGUUGCAUUAAUCCUUGGAUUUACUUUGCAUUUAACAAGGAAUUACGUGCGGCGUUGACAUACUUUUUUUGCAGAAAGAAAGAUUAUUCGUUGACUUACGAUAUAGAUGCACGUCAGAAUGCGUCAGAUGUGCCCUCUUCAACAUCGUCGUUUAUUUCUAGAAUCUCGCGACUUGCGAGUUCAAAGAUAUUCGGGUAAAGUGGAAAUAAAACAAAGUUUGCAUUUUGAGGAGGACUGUUUUGAAUAUAAAGAAUACCGAGAAAAUAUAGUUGAUGCAUAUAUACAUUUCGCAGGCGUGUAAUGUGUUUGGUGCAACAAUGUCGGGACGUGCAACUUCUUUCCGCGAGAACUACUCAUUUAAUAGAAAUUAUUUAUUAAGAACCUGUUAAAAAUACCUGUGAAAGACACUCUUUUAUAGUAAUAUUUUUUAAAAUACAGCCAGCAAUAUAGUUUAAAUAUCCACUGUCACGCGCGAAUUUCGAUCACUUGAAAAUGUAGAGAUAACAUUCGACUUCGAAUAUCUCUUUUACGACUGACGAAAGCACGGCGCAAUUUCAAAUUUCUUUUCCCCUCGUAUUUUAUAAUUCUUGUCGCAUCUCCGCCCACGGUGCGUCAUCCUUUACGAUCUGUUAUACUUGCACAGUUCCACCUCAUUAGUAUUUCCAUCGGCCGGGCGUCUAUUAUGUUCCGAUGUUUGUACUCCCAUUUUUAUCCCGAUCAUCCCAGAGACUCUCAUACGUAUGCUAAUAUUAUACACCAGGUAUGG